GAAUAAAAUCUCUUGCUUCUUGAUUUAGUUUGCUAAGUAAAGUUGUAAAGAAUCCCUGAAAACCCAAAAGAGCAGAAGGGGUGAAAUCUUUGUGUUCUGUUUUGCCUGAAGAUGUCUUGUUCGCCGGAAUUCAUGGGUCGGAAACCGGUUCAGUCACCGGAGAAGUCAAGCUUCGCGCAAACAUGUAGCCUUUUGAGCCAGUACUUGAAGGAAAAAGGUAGCUUUGGUGAUCUGAAUCUGGGAAUGACGUGCAACGUUGAAGCUGAUGGGAGAACCAUGAAUUUGUUUCCAGUCAAUGAGAAGUCCGGUGAUGAUUGUGUCCUCAACGUCGUGGCGGCGACUCGGAAACCGAGAUCGAUGGAUUUCUUCCCUAAUCAAGCCGGUUUUCCGUCACCGGACGAUGGACCGAAAAGGGUUGAUUCUAGUAUCGCCGCCUUGAACAAUCCGGCUAUGACGACGGAGCCUCAAACUGCACAGAUGACCAUCUUUUACGGUGGACAAAUGAUUGUCUUCAACGAUUUCCCCGCCGAUAAAGCUAACGAAAUCAUGCUUUUAGCUGGCAACACCGUAACGCAAGAUUGCCUGCGAUCUGCUCAGCCGCCGAUUCCCGCCGGCGGUAAGCCUAAUUCUCCACUUCGCGGUUCACAUUUACCGAUUGCAAGGAGAGCUUCACUCCACCGGUUCCUGGCGAAGAGAAAGGAUAGGUAGGCACCUAGAGAUCAAAUAAAGCAAACUAUACUGUAAAAACCUUUGUAAUUUGCUUUUGACAUAGUGAUUUAGACUCAAUUCUUUGUGUCCUUGAUUAUAUCUGAUUUCGUAGUAAAGUUCGAGAAUGUUUAGGAUUCGAGUCGAUUCCGGUCGGAAUCGACCGUCGGCCGUUGUAUCCAUCGAAAUAAGACCUUAAUAAAGUUGCAGCAGAUGCAGUGUUUAUUAACAA